GUCGGCGUCAUCCGGGCCAUUGAAGCCAGGCACAACCCGGGGCGUCGGGCCAGACCCGGGCAGACCACCACGACCACCUCACCUGAAAAUGCCCCUCUGCGCCUCCCCGAAUUUGCCCGCAUUGCCCGCUCAGCCAUCAUUCUUGUCAGGUGUGGCUGCAAUGGCAGAAUCGAAUUUGCAACAGUUGUCAGUGUCACAGCCCCGCAGGCCUCUAAAAAGUCUCAAAAGUGCCUUGGAGGUUUGCACAUUCUCAUCAAACAAUUUCCUCACGAGGAUUCAUGGACAACACACCAAUCCACAUGGAACAGCCGUGGUGACCCAUCCAUCCUGGUGAUGCCGACCAUGGCGUGCUUCACCAACAAGGGGCGAAGCGUUUGCUUUGGCAUGGGAGUCCUCGGCUAUCGCAACCGCCCUACUAUUAUUACACCGCGAUACCUGAAUACAACCAUUAAUACACCGAAUAAUACACCACCUCGACCAGGGGCAACAACCAAGACUCCACCUGCCGCCGACGAUCACCACCUCGACGACGUCGACACUCCACACACACACACCUUAUUUCAACGUCACCAUCGUUACAAGUGUCCCCUCCCUCUUCAGUGCGGCUCCACUCAUCGACACCUCAACCUCAACCUCAACCUCAGGGACACAUCCUCACCACAAAAGACCAAGAAGAUGACAGUCACCACCUCCGACCCCUCCAAACCACCAUACCAGCACGAGCGUCACAUCGCCGAGCUAGCCGUGCAACGCGCCUCCCUCCUCACGCGCCGCGUCCUCGCCGGGAUCCUCAACCCUUCAGCUUCAUCAUCGUCAACCUCCACCUCGGGCACCUCAACACCAAACCCUCAUCUCGAUCAUGACCGCCGCAUCAGCGUAGCCUCCAUCUCCAAGCCCGACUUCUCCCCCGUGACCGCCGCCGACUUCGCCGUGCAAGCGCUCCUCACCGCCGCCAUCCGCGCGCACUUUCCGCACGACGGCUUCAUAGGCGAGGAGGACGCCGACGCUUUGCGCGCCGAUCCGGUGCUGGCUAGGCAGGUGUUUGAGUUGGUUCGGUCUUGCGACGCCUCCACCGAGUCAGGCGAUGAAGCACUGCUCUCACUAGCUGUACUCCCGCAAACCAUCCCCGAGAUGCUAUCCCUCAUCGACCUAGGCGGACGCGGCACCGGCUCGCCUACCGCCCGCUUCUGGGCCAUGGAUCCCAUCGACGGCACGGCGGCGUUCAUGCGCGGGCAGCAAUAUGCUGUGAGCCUGUGUCUGAUUGAGGGUGGACGGGAGGUGGUUGGCGUUUUGGGGUGUCCCAACCUAGGCAUAACUCUCCCCUUUAACUCUUCCUCUUCCGCUUCCUCUUCCGCUUCCCCGAAAGCCAAAAAUACUUGCACAGCCACGUACAUAAUCUCUGAGGACAGCACCCCAUCCCCAUCCCCUGACGCUCAGGGUCAGGAUCAGGAUCAACAACAAACAACAAACGGCAUCCUCCUCAGCGCCGUGCGCUCCCAAGGCGCCACCAUCCGGCCCAUCGCCGACCAAACUUCCCAAGCGGACCUCCUCCCCGCAACCCCCCUCACCAAGUCCUCCACGGCCUCUACCAGCCCAACAGACAUGUCCAACCUCCACUUCAUAGACUCCCUCACCACCCCCGCCACCUCCUCCUCCCUCGUCGCGCGCGUCGCCACCUUAGCCGGCGUACCCAAUUACUCUUUCCCCGGCACCGAGCUCUACAGCUCACACAUGCGAUACGUAGCCAUGAUCCUUGGCGGAAGAUCGCACGUGCAGGUGCGGAUCCCCAAGCCCAUGACCAAGCAAACGUAUAUCUGGGAUCACGCGGGGGCGCAGCUAAUUUACGUUGAGGCGACGGGGGGUAAGGGGAAAGUGACAGAUUUGUGGGGGAGGCAGAUAGAUUAUGGACGGGGAAGGGUUCUGGAUGGGAAUUGGGGCGUAGUUACGGCAGAUGAGGAGGUGAGCGGGAGGUUGUUAGAGAUUGUGGGGACCUUGAUUGGGUGAUGGGGUUGCAUUUUACUUGUUUUCGUUGGGGGAUCGUGGUGUUUUGAUGAUGAUGAUAGACGGUGCGGAUACCAUGGAUGAUGAAGAUAGACGGCGACGGCAGCAAUGCCCGGAAUGAACACGUCUCGAGUUAAUGCAUGCCUAUUAUGACU